GUGGUUGCACUUUGGCAGCAAAUUAAAAGGCAAAGAUGGUAACGAGUACUCCAGCAGUGCAUCUAGCGCUGUGAGUGAACUUGACGACGCCGACAAGGAAGUGCGCAAUUUGACAGCCAGAGCGUUCAAGAGUUUAGCAUACCCCUAUUUUGAUUCCAUAAAUUUUUGCACCUCCAGCGAUUCCUCUGCUUCAGAACGUGGCCUGGGGAUAAAUAGGUGGUCAACGUUUGUUGACCUUAAAUAUGGAAACAUAUCACAGGGAAGAGGACAAAAUAGCAUGUCCCAUAAAAUGUCAUCUUGUACAAUGGCAAAGAAUAAAGACAAUCAAGGUUGUAAGGGCGGUGCAUUAACUAACAUAAAGCCACCCCCGAGCAAUAUGUUUAAUUUGAAUGGCAAUCCUUAUAACGCUGCUUCAAAAAAGAAAAUAGCUCUCAUGGGAACCUUUGGGCAGGGCCAUAGUGGAGUUAUUACGCUUACAGAAACAUUAAAUUUUCGCUGCAAUGUCAAAUCAGGGGUGCCUGGGGGAGAAAGGCGUUCAAAAUGUGCACAAAACGCAGCAGGAUCACGUUCCACAGAUGAAGUUACCAACGCCUCGCCAGGCGGACAGGGUAGUGAGACUAGAAGACGACCCUGUAAUGCAAGGGAAACCAUGGAAGACACACACAAGAAAGCAGUAUUCGCAUCAAGUCUUCUUAAAAAUGUUAUUUCCAAAAAAAUGCAGUUUGAGCAGGAGCGCAAAAUGGAAAGGGGGGAGAUAUGCGAACCCUAUCAAGUCUCAUCACCCUGCUUUGUCCAUCAAGACCUAGAAAAUCCCAAGGAAAAUGGCACAACAAAUGAGUCCAGGGAUAGGCAGAGCUCAAAAUAUUCAGAGGCCGGUACUGACAACAAAAUAGUUUGUGUUCAAGAAUUAGGGGACAUUGUGGACAGCAGUUCGUGCGAUGACAAGUGCGGCUCUGGGAGACAAGCUUCUUGCACUAAUUUAGAGUCGGCAAAUGAAGUGGGAUUCGAUACUAAAAAAAGAGCAUUCGAAGCGGCUAAAAGCACGUUGCUUCGAAGCCAAAAUAGCGCUUUCAGAUCCUGGAGUGACGGUGAGCUAGAGUUUCAAAAGGAACAAAAAAAUUAUAAAACCCCAGAGUGGAAACUGCCUUCGACUAAAGACAACCUCGAAGACACAGACUUGUGCGCCGAUUCGGGGACUAGUAAACUGACAAAAAUGUCACAUUUGUUUGUGCCAAAUAUCCAACUACCAUCAAGUGAGAGAAAAGUUGAUUAUCAGCUGCAGACUAUGAAUUAUUCGACACGCGCGACCAACGAUCAAAAAGAGGGAGAAGGCAUGAGGUUGCGCUCUGACAAUACCUUAUAUGUCCCAGAUUCAUCAAGAACUUCUGUUCCAUCAAAAUCACCGGAAAUCAAAUUGAAGAGUUUGGAAGACAACAAAAGUGACCAGUUUAACAUCUCAAAAUGUCCUAUUUCCAACCUAGUUUGUAAUAGUUCCAACCUGAUAAAGACAGCUGAUGACUCCAGGUGCCAUGCGCUCGCUCCGGUGUUAAAGGGAAGGACAUGUGAUCUACUCUUGGAAUCAAUGCUGUCUCAGCCUUCUCUGAAGUACCAGCUUGCCUUUGACUGCAAAAUAUAUGUAAAUUAGUAAAAUUUGAACUAAUAUGUUUUUAACUCAAUGUCAAAGAAAGACAAUGAAUCAGAUUAUUUGGAGACAAUUAGCCAGAUACAACUCUUUUUCAUAUUCUUUAAUUUUACAUCAGAUUUUUAAGCACUUUAAUGUAAAACAUUGUAAUCGUAUGAUAUUAUACAUCAUUGUGAAGUGCAACAGUAUCACAUAAGUAACACUGCAACUGUGCAAAACUCUUCGGCUAGGUUUUUUUUAUAAACCUUACGUACAUUUUAUUUUGUGUUCUUUUAAAUUCAAGUAGAGGAUACUGUGGGUGAGUUGUCACACUUAAUCAUAUGGAGAUAUAUCUCAGUUUUACAAUAUGUAAUUGAAACACUAAAUAUAACACUAACACUAAAUAUAUCUUCUUUCGUUGCUGAAUGAUAAUAAUUCUUAGGUAAGGUACUCGAUGUAAUGUCAUAAUAUAUAUUUCUUGGAAUGUUUAAUUACUCAAAUUGUAUUCAUAAUUAAUUAAUUGUAUUAAUUAUUUGUAUUAUUCUACAGAUUUACAUAGUUCUGUACAUUUGUCUGGUCUUAAAAAAUGUGUGAGCUGGUAUAGUGGAUAACUACAGCACUCCUUAUGUAAGUUGUGAGACCUCCACCACAGGGGUGUCGUUAGAUCCUUUUUACUGGGGCACGUGUCCCAGUAUAAAUCUGCUGUGCCCCAGUCAAAUCUAAAAUUUGAGUUACUAUUAGUCAGUGCAUUCAUUUAGAUUGAUAAUCCCGGAAAAAUAAACGCAGUAUCACAAUCAAUGCUUGUUAAUCAAAGCAGUUUAACCAAAAACACAAACCAAUGCCUGCAGAAUUCCAUGUCUUGAGCUUGCCAAAUAGCCACUGCAGCGCGCACACAGAAGUCCAGGUGUCGGACUCGGCACACAAGUCAGAAUUGAGGUAGGCUAAGAAAACAUUACAAAACUAAAGAACGUUUCUAAAUGAUAGGCCUACCGAUCAUCUUAUUUUGACAAAAACAUAAAAACAAUAUUACAUGAAGCUCAAAAAACAGUAUUUGCGUUCAAAUGAAUGCUAAAAAAAUGUGCACGCUCGCAUUAACUAUUGAUGUCCCUGCCAAAGCUGAUAUUAAACUUGCGGCCACUUGUAUAGUGGGUUAAGCAAGGGGAGUUUCUACAGCCUAGUUGUGCAUUGCGCGCAGCAAGCUUGGAAGAAAAAAAGGGAUAUGAAUAGGGCCUGUGCCCCAGUAGAGCUUUAUGUCUAACAACGCCCUUGCUACACCAUAAAAAAAUAAAAUAAUAUGAUUUCCAGUA